ACUCUCCUCAGGUAUCGGCUGGGGGCGGAGCCUGUGAGGGAGCGAGAAAGGCGGGAGCGUGGACACCACGGCUGUGUACCAGCAGGUGCGGCUGUGAAGGUCGUAGUAAACCCUCCCAGCAUCCAGGUGAUGAGAGGUGGAAGUGUCCUGCUCCCCUGCUCAUUCAGAACGACUGCAGCCCUCAACCGCCUCAACAUCAUCUGGACUGUGUCCCCCCUGCUGCAGCCUCAGCAGCCCUUGCAGGUCAUCUCAUAUGAACAGGAUCAGAUUGUCGAAAGUCUCAGCCAAUACCUGGGAAGAGUCAAAUUUGCCUUCCAGCCAACCCAGGAUGCCAGUAUCAUCCUUAACCAUAGUCGCGUGUCCGACACCGGAACCUACCAAUGUAUGGUCAUCAACCCUCCUGACAGGGCAACACCCAACAUUGGCCUCGUGGGACUAAAAGUGCUGGUUCCCCCCUCGAUCCCUGACUGUUCCAGUGACGGCCAUGGGCAGGAAGGAGGAAGCAUCAGGCUGCAAUGUUCAGUGAAGGAGGGAAUCCCAACACCAACAAUCAGAUGGGAACGGAUCCUGCCCAGUGCUCACCCCCUGACCAGCACCCAAGAAGAUUAUCACGCCUCCGCUAUGCUGACCAACAUCACCUCAGAGACAUCUGGGCUCUACCGCUGUACUGCUGCCAACCAGCUGGCAUCCCAGACGUGUGCCGUGGAGCUUCACAUACGUGUAGGUGGCCUGGGAUCAAAGGGUAUUUUUGCAGCAAUCGCCAUAACCCUCAUUAUGGGAUCGGUUCUCUUGGCACUCUUCAUCUUGGUCUUGUGCCUACACCAGCAGAGCCAAGGAAAGUGGCAGGAAGAAGUGUACAGGGUGGGAAAUUUGUCUUGCAGACAGGAUGGUUUAACCAGGAGCCCCUACAGUGACUGCACCAUGUCCAGUAGAGGCCGGCCUCAUAUCCUGUACAGUGUGAGGCAGAGCCACCCCACCCUGGAGGUGUCCACUAUCAGCAGGCACCAAAGCAAGGCCCUUGUGCCCCCCGCCUCCUCAAAGGAGAGCAUUACUUCCAGCGAGGAGGAAGAAGACAUGAGUCCAGCUGCCAUCUACUCUGCCCACCCUGGUUACUUGGUGUAAGCCUCCAGUCUCUGUGGCCCCUGCACGGGAUAGGGCCAAUGUGGUGUCUUGUUAAUCUCUUCCAGUGCUAUAGACAAUGAAAUCUGGGUGAUGACACUGCAAUCCCAAGUGCUCGAAUGCUCCUUGUACCCCCAAAACCCCCCUUAUAAAGAAACUUGUA